AUGCCGCCCCCGGCCACAAGUCCCCCCGCCGUUCCCCCACCAGACGGCGGUUGGGGGUGGGCUGUGGUGUUGGCAUCUUUCAUCUCAAUAGGCUUCUCGUACGCUUUCCCCAAGGCCAUCACCGUCUACUUCAAAGACAUCCAGAUCAUCUUCGAUGCCUCCUACAGUCAGAUCGCAUGGAUCUCCUCCAUCAUGCUCGCGGUCAUGUAUGCUGCAGGUCCCAUCAGCAGUAUACUGGUCAACACAUAUGGCUGCAGGCCCAUCGUCAUGAUGGGAGGCUGUCUCUGUGCCACCGGCAUGAUCCUAGCUUCCUUCUGUACCAGCGUGGUGCAGCUUUACAUCUGCAUAGGAGUUAUCGGUGGACUUGGACUAGCAUUCAACCUGCAGCCAGCACUGACUAUGAUAGGCAGAUACUUCUUAAAGAAGCGUCCCAUUGCUAACGGGCUGGCGAUGGCAGGCAGUCCGGUGUUCCUCAGCACCCUGGCUCCUCUCAACCAGUACCUCUUCAACCAGUUUGGCUGGAGGGGCAGUUUCCUCAUCCUGGGCGGUCUGCUAUUGAACUGCUGUGUCGCUGGGUCCCUCAUGAGGCCUCUGGAACCGCCGCCCGGCAAGCUCAAGAAGGACGAAGAGGUAGCCGCCAUUACCACCACAACAAAAGAGAAGCAAACAGCCUGGCAAAUAUUCAACAAGUACCUGGACCUGUCACUCUUCAAGCAUCGCGGCUUCCUGAUAUACCUGUCGGGCAAUGUCAUCAUGUUCCUGGGCUUCUUUGCACCUAUAGUCUUCCUUGCUGCCUUCGCUAAGGACAUGGGCGUGGAUGAGUACUCGGCUGCCUUCCUGCUCUCGAUUCUGGCUUUUGUUGACAUGUUUGCCAGGCCCUCCAUGGGGCUACUGGCCAACUCGCGCUGGGUCCGGCCCAGGAUCCAGUACUUCUUCAGCUUUGCCGUGCUGUACAAUGGAGUGUGCCACAUCCUCUGCCCACUGGUGGAAAGCUACACCGGCCUGGUGGUGUAUGCGAUGUUCUUCGGCUUUGCUUUUGGCAUGGUCAGCUCAGUGCUGUUUGAAACGCUGAUGGACAUCGUUGGGCCUCAGAGGUUCUCCAGUGCUGUGGGACUCACCACCAUUGUGGAGUGCUGCCCGGUCCUCAUUGGUCCUCCUCUAGCAGGGAAACUGGUUGAUGUCACAAAAAACUACAAGUACAUGUAUUUUUGCUGUGGAGCUGUCGUGAUAUUGGCCAGUAUUUGGCUCUUCAUCGGGAACUUCAUUAACUACAGACUCUUGGACCGUGAGCGAAAGUGUGCAGAGAUGUACAAACGGACUGAGACAGAAGAUCCAGACAAAGUAAUGGAUAAGAAGGAGGCUGACGGGGAAGCCAAGGCGUCGGAGGAGCUGGUCGGCAAUAGUGAAAAGGGCGACGAACCUAUGCAGCGGGAAACCAACAUCUAG